GAAAGCGAAUUGGAUAUGCGCCGUGAUAACGUGAUAAAUAAAUUUGUUUUUGCUAUUUGUUCAAGGUACUUCACACAGAUUAUGGAGGUCGUAAAGUCUCGAAAGAUGAUUAACCAUAGUCUAGUCUGGUGUAUCGUAAUCUUCACCGUCAUUGGGACUAGCGUUUUCGCUUUUGAUUGCAGCGAAGUUCACGAAUGCUUCUGUCGUCCGGAUAUCAGCGACAGUUUCAGGAUAUUUUGCGAGUUAGAAAACAACUCUUCCUUCAGCGUGCACAUCUAUCCAGGUCGUUCUAUACAGGUGGACUGUACCAAUUCGCCGAAGUGGUCGGAUUUUCAUGUAAACAUGGUGUCCCUGGACAGAAAUCCAGUAGAGACGAUGUGGUUUCGCUGGUGCGACUUACCACCGAGUAACACUAGUUUGGGCAAAAUCACGCAAAUGCUGGGAGUCAUCGGCGUAGAGAAGCUGAUUUUCCGGUCGUUUAAGAAUCUGAGUUUCGAGCUAACGAAAUAUCAUCUGGAUGGCUUUGACAACUUGAAACAGCUGAUUUUAUCGAACAAUAUGAUAUUCCAUUUGGACAGAGAUCUGCUGAUCCAUUUGCCCAACCUGACUGAACUCAAUCUAAUGGAGAACAACAUAAAUCUACCCGCCGAAUUUUUCGACUAUACUCCCGAGUUAGAGCGCCUCGAGUUAAGCGGCAAUAACUUGCAAUCGAUUGAACCAGGCACAUUUGACAAUCUCAAGAAAUUGAAGCUGCUCAAUCUGUGGAAAAACAAUUUAACCGAAUUUCGGGCGGGGAUCUUCGACAAGCUCGUCGCUCUCAAAAGCCUCGAUAUCAAUACGAACGGCUUGGUCAACUUAUCAGAGAAUAUUUUCGCAAAACUGGAGAAUCUGGAAGUUAUUAAUUUAUCUCGUAACUAUUUCACAACAUUACCGAGAGAUCUGCUACGAAAUAACACGAAACUGGACACCGUUACUCUUUCCAACAACAGAGUCAAUUUGACAUUGCAGCCUGGAUUUUUCAGCAAUUUUUCGAAACUGAAAGUGUUGAAACUAAAGUCGAAUGGACUUGUUACAUUACCGGUAGACCUCUUCCAAGGAUCGUUUUCGCUGACUAAUAUCAGUUUCACGCAAAACCGCCUUCAAUCUUUAGACCAGCGUAUAUUCCAGGAUAUGAAACAGUUGAUGUCAUUGGAACUAAAUAUGAAUGAACUCGAAGGAUUGCCUGCUAAUAUUUUCGCGACUACCAAUCAAUUGGUAAAAUUAGAUUUGUCGAAAAAUCGAAUAACCUCCAUCACAAGGAAUAUGUUCAGUGGAUUGCAUCAAUUAAUAGAGUUAAACAUCGAAGAUAAUCAGCUAAAAACGAUUUCCCAUAAAAGUUUAAGCCCUAUGACGAGAUUAAGGAUCGCUAGAUUCUCCAACAAUCAUCUAACGUUACAAUCUUCUCAGUUUAAUUUUAAAGACAUAAACUACUCGCCUUUUCAUGACUGCAGCUCAUUGGAAGAAUUGUACUUAGCUAAUAAUAAUAUUUCGAUAAUAUUUAGCGACUGGAUGUUUGUCUUCUUGAAACUCCGAAAACUGGAUCUUAAAAAUAACAAUAUAUCUAUUUUAAAAGCUACCGAUUUACAGUUUAUAUCAAAUAAUCUAAGACUUGACUUGACUGAUAAUAACAUAGAGCAUAUCUUAUUAAAACAUGCAGAGUUAAUCGCAAUGUCUCAAAAAGUGCCUCGUGACGUGAUAAUAAAAAUAGAGAACAAUCCACUAAUAUGUGAUUGCUUCUUAUAUGAAUUUCUACGUUACAUUGAGGGUAGAAUGCAUCCGUACGUACAAAAUUUCUUCCAUAUAAUACCGGGUAACUUAACUUGUCACGGUCCAAAAUGGUUGGAGAACAUAAAGGUUACGGACCUACGGUCAAAAACACUCAAAUGCAUGAUAAAAGAUGUGAAUCACAUUCCGUGUCCCAGAGAAUGCGACUGUAUUUUGAGACCCGAAGACAAAGCAUUCCAAAUCAACUGUUCUGGCAAGAACUUGACUCAAUUGCCAAGUGACGUAAAGGAUCCCGGUCGACCGUUCAAGCUCGGAUUAGAUUUUUCUAACAACGUGCUAAAGAAAAUGCCCAACUUGAUAGAGUUGAAACUUCAAUCAGCGAAGUUAAUCAAUCUAUCUCACAACAAUAUUUCCGAGAUCUUCCUGGAUGGAUUGCCCGAUGCAGUACAGGUCUUGGAACUGCACAAUAAUAAUAUAUCGAGAAUACAUUCCAACGUGUUGGAAUUCUUGAAAAAUUCUACAAGUUUGAACCGGUUGACGUUACACGGAAACCCAUGGGAAUGUAAUUGUGAGACUAAGGACUUUCUAUAUUUCGUGCAGACCAGAUACGAGAAAAUUCUCAAACUGCCGGAAGUGAUGUGUCGCGGCAAGAAUUACUCGAUAUCGCAGAUGACCGUGAACGAUUUUUGCCCCAGUGAAACGGAACUGUUCAUCGGGAUCAGUGUUGUGAUCGCAUUUGUAGGAAUACUUGUUGGUAUUUUCGGGUUUUAUUAUAGAUAUCAGAAGAACAUCAAAGUAUGGUUGUUUGCGCGCCAAUGGUGUUUGUGGUUCGUAACGGAAGAGGAGCUGGACAAGGAGAAAUUGUACGACGCGUUCAUAAGCUAUUCGCAUAGAGACCAGAGCUUCGUACAGGACGAACUGGUGUCCAAAUUGGAAAGUGGCCCGAAACCGUUCAAGCUGUGCUUGCAUUAUCGAGAUUGGUUAGCGGGCGAAUGGAUACCGACGCAAAUCGCCAAAUCCGUAGAGGACUCGAGACGGACAAUAGUUGUGUUAUCACCAAACUUCCUGGAGAGCGUUUGGGGGAGGAUGGAAUUCCGAGCUGCCCACAGCCAGGCGUUAAGCGAGGGUCGAGCAAGAGUAAUUCUGAUCUUAUAUGGCGAUAUUGGCCCUACCGACGACAUGGAUCCUGAAUUGAAAGCGUACAUUAGUAUGAACACCUACGUCAAAUGGGGCGAUCCUUGGUUUUGGGAUAAAUUGAGAUACGCGCUACCGCAUCCGCCAAAGUCCGUGAACGCGGCCGGCCGGAAAAUUUUUGAGAAUCAUCAACUGUGUAUUCGGAUGGAGGGAGACAAGAAGGAGCUGAUUUAUCCGGUAGGACCCCCGGAGACCCCUCUGGCGAACACAACACCGCCGGCUGAUACACUUAAAACAUUCAUAUGUGAUGAACAGUUACCCUCGGACAUCGAAUGCUCGCAUGAAUCGUCUAAAUCGAAUGGCAAAAUCGCGGUAAUCUUUGAACCGAAACCGUCAGUUACGCGAGAGUUUAAACUUGCUGUACUUGAUAAUCCACAGUGUACUACUGUUUGUUAGCACGAUGAGAGUGCUAGUACCCGUGGAGUACGAGUGGAGAAUAAUGACUGACGAUUAUCUGUAAAUAGUUCAACAUCUUACUUGCCAUGAGGGUCAUUGGUGACCGGAACUACGAUUUCACUGCGUUUCAUUCAUUUAGUCAUAAAGCGCAAUUAAUCGCGUCUAACGACAUAGAUUAUAUCCCGAUAUUCGCUACUAAUACUGAAAAUUUCUAUAGUAUACGUAACAUUAAUUAUAGAUUUUCACUUGUGGUGAAUAUUCGUUGAAUGGAGUCUUAAAAGUGUGGCCAAUAUGGAACUAAUAAAAUUAGUUGACAAAUAUA